CUCUUUGGAUGGGACGAUGUCAACAUUGGGUAGCCUAUAUGAAGCAGAACAUAGUGGAUCAUGUGUCAACGUUUCUUGUAUGCAUUUUAUUCAUUAGUAAGCUACAUGGAUAUGCCAUCUUUCAGAACCUUUGAUUACCUGUCCUGCACUAAAGAGAAUAAAAGAGCGCAUCCUCAUUGUUUGAUUGUGGUCGUAGGUGACGUAGGUGAGGUCACGUGAACCACAGGUUGCAGCGAGAAAAUAUUACUCUGUCUUGAUACUUCAUACUGGGUGAAGGCGGAAGAGUUCGAAUGGUCGGCAACUUGAACAUUUUCGACGCUCUCAAUUAAAGUAAGGGGCGUCGCUAGAAUCAGUGUGGGACCAAAGCCAUAAGGACGUGGUUAAAGACGUUCAAAAAUAUUUUUGAACUUCAAGAAAAGUCUGUGACCGAAGUUUGAUGAUUGAAGCACAAACAAACCUGACAAACAUGUUUCUUACAUUCAUGUUAAUAUGUUCAGUGUUUAAUACGUUUAACGUUGCAAUUGCUGCUCCAAUCGAAUGUCGUGCCCGGAAUGAAUACCUAGCAGGGACGGAAUGUUGCCCUGAAUGUCCGCCUGGAUGGUAUCUUGUAAAGGACUGCACACACGGAAUCAUUACAAAGUGCUCAACGUGCCCCAAUGGUACUUUCCAAGCAGGCCAUACUAAGGAGCGGCAAUGCUCUGCCUGUAAAAAGUGUGACGCAGGUCUCGGUCGGAAGGUGAAGAAGUCGUGUACAUCUAAAUCAGAUGCUGAGUGUGAGGUCCUGGAUGGAUUCUUCUGUAGUGACUCUAACGGAGGUGGAUGUAGGACCGCUCAGAGACACCGUCUGAGCUGCAGUCCUGGUCAAUACAUCGGUCAAAGAGGAACAGCAGAUAAAGACACGGAGUGCCUUCACUGUACUGAUGGAACAUUCUCAGAUGGCACAGUGUCGUCAUGCCAACCCCACACAACUUGUGAUUCUGUGGGAGGGGUGCAGAUACAACCAGGGACUAAUUCAACUGAUUCUACAUGUAUUCAUUACGAUGCGAUGGUGCUCAUACCAUUAGGAUGCAUAUCGCUUGUGCUUAUAUCACAAAUCGUCCUGACAGCAUUGGUUUAUAGAAGACGUAAGAAGGAUACGCGAAUCAAAGACAUCUGAAGGUAAGUGUUAUAACUUGUUUGAUACAGAGCACAAUAAUAUGUUUGAACCUAGCUGGCAGUGGGGGAGUUAUUAGAUGAUGACCAGAGGCGGAUUAACACCCAGGCUAGCCUCGGCUGAGCCUAGGGGCCCAGGUGCGCAAGGGGCCCUGGAUUGGACGGACAGAAAUACGUGGUCAAGGCAGCAAUGGGGAAUUCACCCUUGUUUCUGUAACAUUGCUGUUUUUUUAGUGUGUGUGUGAGGGCCAUGUAAUAUUCCUCACACGCUUUUACACAUGGCACUAAAUUGAGUUUUUUCUGCGUGAUUAGUAAGGGCGCCUCACACAAAAAUAGUAGCCUAGGGGCCAAUGACCACCUUAAUCCACCACUGGUGAUGACCUUGUAAUAAACGUAAUGAUCAUAUUUUAC